CGAUUGAGAUAAUGAGAAAAUGGAAAAUUAUUUUGGCUCAAUAUCGAAGAGAAAAGAAGAAAAUCGCGGAAUCAAAAUCUUCAGGUUCUGGUAUAUCAAACAUAUACAAGCCAAAAUGGUUUGGUUAUGCAUAUUUGAAUUUCUUUCAUGGAAGGGACGAACCGAAUGCCAGUGUGAACUCACUGGACGAAAUAAAUGAACAGCUAACACAAGAUAUCCAGGAACACACAGUGAAUGAAGAUCAAGAAUCUCCUCAUGAAAGGCCAGUCGAAAAGUUUAAAGCUCCGAAGAACUCGCAGAAACGUCGUGCUGUCGAUGAAGACCCGAGAAUUGCUCAUGCUUUGUCCAUUAUGGAUAACGUAAACAAGCAGAUGGAAGCAAAAAAACAUGAUGAUGACGACAUUUUUGCUGCAGCCGUCGCAACGAAGUUAAGGAAAAUUAAAGAUGAGCGGACGAAGAUUUUAGUGCAAAGAGAUAUUGAUAAUUUAUUGUAUGAUGCUAUUAUUGGUACUGGAAAAUAUACUGCGACUCCAAUGCCUUCACCGUAUUCAGAUUCGUCGAAUUCUCAGAUCCGAGUUUCAAGUUUUCAGAUCCGUGAUAAUGAUGACUCAGAUCUUUUACGCCAGAAUGACAGCGAAAUAUUAACUUGGCAUGAUAUGUAAUGCAAUAAAAGUAACUAAAAUUAAAUGUCAUUUUAUUUUCUUACCUUAAU